CGGAGCGGCGCGGCGAGAGCGGAGCGGAGCGGGCAGGGCUGCGGCAUGGAGGGGAGCCGGACCCCCCCCGGCUACGGAUCGCUGGAGUCCACCCGGUGGCCGCCCGCCGGCGCGGGGCCAGAGGACGAGAUUGUUUCCAUGGCCGACUCCACCACCACCAUCGACGACAUCGAAGGGGAGCUCUUCAAAAUCGAGAGGAUCAGGGAGAUCCUGGUGAGGAGGGAGUCAGAGCUGCGGUACAUGAUGGAUGACAUUCAGCUUUGCAAAGAAAUCAGCCGUCUGAAAAAGGAGCUUCAAAAACUCAUAGCCCUUCCAGAGAACGAGAAGUCCAAUGAGGAGAAGCAAAGGGAAGAGGAGCUGGUACAGCAGAUACACAAGCUUGUGGAAACGCGGGAUUUCCUGGUGGACGAUGUGGAGUUUGAGAGGCUCAGGGAAAGGGAAGAAGACAAAGAAAUGGCAGAGUUCCUGCAAAGUAAGCUCUCCAAAAGCUACCUCCAGAAAGCAAGUCUCCAGCCAGAGUCCACAAUCUGCUCUCCUCCGAGAGUUUCAGCUUCCCGUCAUUGUUCAUGCUUCCCACUGCGGCACCACCACCGAAGGGACUUCCCAAGCAGGCUGGUGCAAGCUUGAAUGAUGGCAUGUGUCCUUGGUGCCACGUCAACGGUCGUCUCCUCCAUGACAUUAACAAACACCGAAUUCCACCCGAGCUCAGCUUGGAAGAGGUGUGUGCAGCAACGGCAAGCGAGUCCAUGACAAAGAGGACCGGUACAGUCCUUCACCUGGACAGAGUAAUAAAAAAAGCACUGGGAGCUAAUGUUGAGAGAACAUUGUGCUGCGCCAUCCAAGAUGGGCUGUGGCCACAGAUGAUGUCUCAUCCUUAGCCUUGUACCACCUUGUGAAUCUCUAUGGGAUGAUUCCUGGGGACUCUUAAAGGGGAAUAUCUCUGGUCUGGGUUUCGUUGUGCUUGCACCGGUUUUAUUGCAAGGCGCUCUAUGGCUCUGGGUAGAGCUGGGCAAAGCGUGAAGGGCAGUCCCCAGAGACAGCUGAAUGAAGGGCUAAUUCUGGUGAAAUUACCACCUGAGCACAAACCUGAUGCAUUGAACUAUGGGCAGAUGAGUUGCUUUCCCUAUCUCACUAUUACUGGAUUCAGUUUUCAGCUCCGAGAAAAAAGAGGAAAUUAGACCAAAAGAGAAAAGGAGAAAAAUUCAGAACAGGGCAGCAUGCAGAAGGAAAUGAAGACCAAACAGGAGUCUGGAAAAGUGGCAGGGGAAGGUAGAGACACUCUCGCUACCAAGAGGGCAUUCAGUCCUGCCCUCCAGUGCCCCAGCCAGCGCCUCUGGGCUUGGCACCAUGAGCUGGACAUGAAGUCCUGUGCAAAAGACUCAUGGCACCCUGCGGUCACCCACUGUCUCAGUUCCUGUUGUCCCUUCUAAGCAUCCUUCUGUGUUGAGAUGGCACAGCCAGAGCUGAUUAUGCCCAUCGCAGCAGACCAGGGGCUCUCUUUCGCUGGCUGUGAAGGCCUGUCACAUCUCCUGCCCUGCACUUCUCCCCUGUACGAUGCUAUGGCUUUACUAGGUGUCCUGCGGUAGCCUCCCAUUUGUGUGGCUGCCCAAGAGGUCUGGUCUGGCCAAAAUGUUGACUCCUCCAGCUCAGUCCUGCUGCAUCUUUCUGUAGAGUCUUGAGAUGAUGUUCCUGCCUGGGUCACUGACCAGCACGCCCGUGCCACUGAGAUGGUCACAAGCCGUCUGGUGCUUUCCAUUGCAUCUGUUAGCACGUUCAUCCUUAUAAAACACAACGCAGGUGGGAACCUUCCUGGUGCAAUACCAUAAGCAGGCCCAAGUCCCUCCUGCAUUUCUUUAUCAACACUGCCAGAAAACCCAGUGUGUGGAAACCUAUUCUCUAACCUUUGCAAGGGGUUUUCCCCUCACUCGUUCUUCCUGAACAAUCUCCUCCCCAUAAGGGUCUUCCCAGCAGCCAGAAAAGUCCAUAAACUAAACCAGUCCCUCUGCACACUUGCAGACCAGGGUGCAAGGCCCGAGUGGGCCAUCAUGGUCAUCUGUUGCACCUGGGCACCUGGUCGUCUCUGGAAAACUUGACCCUGCUUUUGUUCAUGUCACCUCUGAGUUGACUUCAGUGGUCUCAGUCUGAAGCCUGCUUACAUUUUGUGCUGCUUAUUGUGAAUGACCUACAGCAUCCUACAAACACCACCUGCCGGUUCCUGGUGCUCUCCUCACUUGGGGGAGGUUUCAGUGUGGGCUGGAGGGAGCACCCUGUAGAUCGCAGGGGCAAAUUAAGUCACAGUCUGCUUUGCCAACCCUGUGUAACAGAGUGAGGUGCAGUAUAGAGUUGGGGCUGUUGUCCAAACAGGGGUGACAGGCCAUCGUCAAUAGCAUCCAUCCUAGAGUUGAUGGGACAGGGUGGGCCACUCACUCCAUGCUCUUCCAGAAACUGUCCAGCGGCUGCUUUGCUUGGUCACUCUGCAGUUGUGCACAUGGUACAAUACUGGUGUUCGCUUUGAUCCACACAGACUGAAGGCUCGAGACCUAGAGGGCCCCUCUCACUGUCCUUGCCUUCCCCAGGGUCUUCUUGGGAAGGGUGAGUAACAGAGUUUGGUUGGUUCGACCGAGAGGGAGCCAAAGGCAAGAAAGAGCCCUUGAUUCAAAACUUGCUCUCCUAAUUCAUCCCUACCUCCACCCCACAAGGCCCCAAGACCCAGACUUCAGCUCUGAGGAGUGCUUGAGCAGGCAGGGAGGAUGGCCGAGGGCAAACGGGCAAGGUCCCGGCUUGUUUUGUUCUGUGUUUGCUGUCUGUGUUUGUGUGGCUGGUCAUGGAGAAGGAGACAGGCUGCUGUCCUGGUCAUACGAUACUGUUUGGCCUGAUGGCCAAGGUGCGCGGCACACGGGAGUGACACUGUUUCAUGUGCAUUGAU